AUGAAAGAUGAAGAGCAAGAUCCUUUACUACACGGGUUUUCCCAACUUAAGGACCAGCUCGUCACUGUUUCUGAUCUAAGUGAAAUAGAUGUGAAUACAUUCCUUGGCCCAUUUCUUGAUGUCAUCCGGUCAGAAGACACAACAGGGCCCAUCACUGGUGUUGCAUUGUCAUCUGUCAACAAAUUUCUGUCUUAUGGACUUGUUGAUCCCACCAGUGAAAGUGCAGCAUCUGGUAUUGAGAACCUGGCUGAUGCUGUCACUCACGCCAGGUUUGUAGGAACAGACCCCAGCAGUGACGAAGUUGUGCUCAUGAAAAUUCUCCAGGUGCUAAGAACACUGCUGCUGACGCCUGUUGGUGCACACAUGACAAAUGAAUCAGUUUGUGAGAUCAUGCAGUCUUGCUUCAGGAUUUGUUUUGAAACAAGACUUAGUGAACUCCUUCGUCGUUCUGCAGAACAAACCUUGAUGGACAUGGUGCAGCUUUUGUUUUCAAGACUCCCUCAAUUUAAAGAAGAGUUGAAGUCAGGAAUAGUGCCUAAUAUAAGAAAGGUAUUCAAACGAGCAGGAGCUAUUGCUACUGGAAAACGGAAAAAGCACAUGUCACCCAAACCUAGAAGAGCCCACCAAGAAGAGAUACCUCUAACAACAACAGCAGAAGCAGGGGCAGCAAUGACACCAACUACAACAGCAACAUCUUCUGAAUCACUGACAGGGGUCAGCAAAACUGAGGAACAUUUGAAGGAAGUAGAGGUCCCUGAAGAAGAUACCAAUGCUAUAGAAAUUGAAGAAUUCCUUGAAGAGGCCACAGAAAGGCAAAAAGUGUUGCCAGAAGAGUCUAUUGCUGAUGGGGUCUUGGACAAGCCUGCUGAAGAGUGUACCAAUACGACUGAGUCACCCACUGAGGAAGAGCCAUCAGUUGCAUCACAGCUGAUGACCAGUGAGGUUGAAGGAGACAACUUGAGUGUGGAAGGCAUGGUUAUGUCUGAGGAUGAAAGGGAGGGUGUAUGUGAUGCCCCAUCCAUGGAACUAGGUGCUCAAGACAGUAUUGCUAGCACUCUUAUGACAGAAGAUGAUGAUAGUAAAGAACGAAUGGGAAGCACUGCCUCUCUGGAAACUGUUGAAUCAGAAGACUUGUCAGAAGUAACUGAGGGAAGCCAACCAGAGUCAAGCUUGCAACAGGAUGACUAUGUUAACCCUCGUGGAGUGCGAUUCACACCACAAGAACCUGUGAAGGAAGGUGCUGGUCCUUUGGUUCCCUAUGGAUUACCUUGUAUUCGAGAGCUAUUCAGAUUUCUUAUUUCACUCAUUAACCCUCAUGACAGCUGUAUAUAAAAGGGUGCCCAGUGACAGUCAACUGGGAAGGCAAGAAGAUACAAGCAGAGAUUGUAGCUGUGGAUGGUAAGUCUUACAACCUUUCCAUUGGUAACGGUUCGCUCAACACAUGAAGAUUCUGUUCAGUAAUUUUUGCAUGAGUUCCUCACACAUCACACCAAAAAUUUCAAUUUUAAGCACAUUUUGUGUGGUCAUUAAGUUUUUACAUUUAUUGCUGCGUGAACUAACCCUUUUUGUGUCCUUGGUUACAGAUAGCGAAGAGGUUCUCAUCAAAAAGAUGUUGAGUGGUCAUCGAAGUUUGUGUCUGCCGCUGAACCCAGCCCAAGUUCCAACCAGUCCAACUUACCAGCCAAAAAGCAGAAAACACACCAGCAGCCAAGGAAAACUCAAGUCGAUUCAAGUGUUCAUAAGGUACUUAUCGUUCAUUUGCACUUACAAGGUAAUGAGGCUGAACUGAUUUGGGUAAAAAGUUUUUUUCCUCUUUGACACCAUUUAAUUGUCCAUUACGUAAUAGAAAACUUAGGCUGAAUCAAAGCGAAUUAUA